UAUCAUGUAGAGUAGUUACUCUUUAUCAAAACUGUUGAAAUUAGCAUUCACUGUGCUACUCAAUUUUCAGUACACAUAUUGAUAAGGAUCCAUCAUGACUCCUUCACACUUCUCUCGUAUUUUAAUCUCUAAAUUGCCUAAAAUCAUACCAAAAUCAACUAUCAAUUUUACAUCAACUAUCAAAUAUUAUUCUACCCCUUCUACAUAUCAGUUUAUAAAAGUAGAAAAGUCUGGAGAAAAAAAGAAUGUUGGGGUAAUUACAUUAGAUCGACCUAAAGCAUUGAAUGCUUUGUGUCAGGACUUAGUUACUGAGUUGAAUGAAGCUAUUCAAAAAUUUGAUUCAGAUAAUUCAGUCGGGGCUAUUGUACUCACCGGAAAUGAACGAGCUUUCGCGGCAGGUGCUGAUAUUAAAGAAAUGGCAGACAAUACAUUUUCGAAAAAUAUUACUAGUGCAUUUUUAGAACAUUGGUCUGGAGUUGCGAAAGCUAGAAAACCAGUUAUUGCAGCUGUCAAUGGUUAUGCUUUAGGAGGAGGUUGCGAAAUUGCAAUGAUGUGUGAUAUUAUUUAUGCUGGUGAUAAAGCUAAAUUUGGUCAACCAGAAAUUGCAAUUGGUACAAUCCCAGGUGCUGGUGGUACUCAACGACUCACCAGAGCUAUUGGCAAAAGUAAAGCUAUGGAAAUGGUACUCACGGGAAAUCAAAUAACAGCUGAAGAAGCAGAAAAAGCUGGUUUGGUCAGCAAAGUCUUUCCCGCUGAUAAAGUUGUAGCGGAAGCAGUAAAACUCGGUGAAAAAAUAGCUUCACACUCCCAAUUAACUGUUACUUUAGCUAAAGAAGCUGUAAACAAAGCGUACGAAAUGACUCUCCAAGAGGGACUUCAUUUUGAAAAAAGAAUGUUCCAGGCAACAUUUUCAACAGAUGAUCAAAAAGAAGGCAUGAAAGCUUUUAUAGAAAAACGUCCACCUAAAUUUACCAACCAGUAAUGAUGAUAAAUAACAAUGACGGCAAUGAAUAAAUGAUCUAAUGGUUUUUGUAAAUAUAUAAUAUCUAUAAUCAAGUAUUGUAAUAUUUUUAUAUGCCAUUUAUUACCUCAUUUUUAAUAAAAUA